GGGAAUGCAUUUACGCACCAUACCUUAGCCCGAGCUACGGCGUGUGUGGGACUUCAGGGUCUUGACGACUGCUGACGAUACGGGCCUUAAACCAGCCUUGUAUUGAUAAUAGCACAGCCGACGUCGGCUGUGAUAAUAGGUUCAAAAUCUGGCAAUGUUGCUUGAUGAAUUUCGUAAUCGGUGUUCUGUCGUUCUGUGGUCCUAUGUUACCACCAUCGCACCAUCUGUUUGGUGUCAAAGUCAAACGGUUUUAAGGCCAUUGUGACAUGUUGCUGUAUUUGGAAUGGAUAUUAUGAUUUGGUGACCUUUUUCAAUAUCAAGACUAAUUUAAGACCUAUUAAUCCGUGGAUUUAAAACAAUAACAACGGUUAACCUCCUGCUGGGGAUCAGCGGAGCAAAGUAAAGACGCAGAAUGGAGCCACAAAAUCAAGAAGGCGUUAUGGAGAGACAGGGCAGCUGUCUAUUGCUAAGAUGUGCUAGCCAGAACUCUCUGGAUGAAAGCUCCCAGAAACACAUCUCUCAGUUGCAUUCACAUAGCAAAGAGAGACCUCCUUACAAAAAUCACCUUCACACCCAGAAGGCGUUUGACAUAAUGAAUGUGAUGAGAAAGCAAAAACUUCUUUGUGAUGUGACCUUGGUGGCAAAUGAUGUUGAAAUCCCAUCACACAAAAUGGUCUUGGCAGCAUGUUCCCCCUAUUUUUAUGCAAUGUUCUCAAGUUUUGAAGAAAGCAGACAAGACAGGAUAGUUCUGCAAGAAGUUGACCAUCAAGCAUUAUUAUUGCUGAUUGAGUAUGUCUAUACAUCAGAAAUUCAUGUUACUGAAGAAAAUGUUCAGGUGCUCUUGCCAGCAGCAAACUUGUUGCAACUGACAGACGUGAGAGAUGCUUGCUGUGACUUUUUGCAAGCACAACUGCAUCCUACUAACUGCCUAGGUAUCAGGGCAUUUGCAGAUCUACAUGGGUGCUUAGAACUGCUUUCACAUGCUGAGUCAUACAUUGAACUACAUUUUCCAGAAGUAGUCGAAUGUGAAGAAUUCUUGACUCUAUCUCAUCAGCAUGUUUCAAAGCUAAUAUGUAGCGAUGCAUUGACAGUUCCGUCAGAAGAAAAGGUUUUUGAGUGUGUCAUUGCAUGGGUACAACAUGACUUGGAGAACAGGCAUAAACAUCUAGCCUCUCUAAUGGAACAUGUGAGACUUCCUUUAAUGUCUCAAGAUUAUUUGGUGCAAAGAGUUGAGGAAGAACCACUCUUGAAGGCUGACAUACAAUGCAAAGAUUAUUUAAUAGAAGCACUGAAAUACCAUCUCCUUAAAGGCGACACAAAGACUUCAUUUCGCACUCCACGAACGAAACCACGACAGCCAAUAGGGCUUCCAAAAGUACUUCUGGUGGUGGGAGGUCAAGCUCCUAAAGCAAUACGAAGUGUGGAGAGUUUCGAUUUUAAAGAAGAGAGGUGGUUCCAAGUAGCAGAAAUGCCAACUAGAAGAUGCAGAGCAGGAUUGGCCAUGUUAGGAGGAAAAGUUUAUGCAGUUGGUGGUUUUAAUGGAUCUCUUCGUGUCAAGACUGUGGAUGUGUAUGACCCAGCACUAGAUACAUGGUCUAGCUGUGAUAGUAUGGAAGCUAGAAGGUCUACAUUAGGUGUGGCUGUGUUGGAUGGUAAAAUAUAUGCAGUUGGUGGUUUUGAUGGAUCGACAGGAUUAAAUACAGCAGAGGUUUACGACCCGGCUAUUGGCAGGUGGACCCAAAUAUGUUCCAUGUCAACAAGAAGAAGCAGUGUUGGUGUUGGAGUUUUAUACAGCCAAUUAUAUGCUGUUGGCGGAUAUGAUGGUGCUUCCAGACAGUGUCUCAGUUCUGUCGAAUGUUAUACCCCCGAAACUGGUACGUGGACUUCAGUACCUGAUAUGUGCUCCAGAAGAAGCGGAGCUGGCGUAGGUGUUCUAGAUGGCAUUUUAUAUGCAGUUGGUGGACACGAUGGACCUCUGGUUCGAAAAUCUGUCGAGGCCUAUGACCCGUCAAAAUCAAAGUGGAUGCCAGUCAGUGAUAUGGCUUUGUGUAGGCGCAAUGCUGGCGUAGUAGCCAUGAAUGGGUUGUUGUAUGUCGUAGGUGGCGAUGAUGGAUCGUGUAACCUAUCGUCGGUGGAAAUGUAUAAUCCCAAAACUGAUACCUGGAGUAUGCUGCCCAGCUGCAUGGGUAUUGGUCGAAGCUAUGCUGGCGUAGCUAUAAUUGAUAAACCAAUAUGA